AUGCUUUUCCCUUCUCAUGACAGUCAGGCUUUCACCUCUGUGGACAUGGACGUGGGAUUUAAUCGCACCAUCCUGACUGAAUUCAUCUUGUUGGGUUUCUCAGCAGACCCCCAGUGGCAGCCGAUUCUAUUUGGAAUGUUUCUGAUGCUCUAUUUGAUAACCUUGUCGGGAAACAUGACCUUGGUUGUCUUAAUUCGAAUGGAUUCCCACUUGCAUAUGCCUAUGUACUUUUUCAUUGGUAAUCUGUCUUUUUUGGAUUUCUGGUAUACCUCUGUGUAUACCCCCAAAAUCCUGGCCAGUUGUGUCUCAGAAGAUAAGCACAUUUCUUUGGCUGGAUGUGGGGCUCAGCUGUUUUUUUCCUGUGUUGUAGCCUACACUGAAUGCUAUCUCCUGGCAGCCAUGGCUUAUGACCGCCAUGCAGCAAUUUGUAACCCAUUGCUUUACUCAGGUGCCAUGUCCACUGCCCUCUGUACUGGGCUUGUUGCUGGCUCCUACAUAGGAGGAUUUUUGAAUGCCAUAGCCCAUACUGCCAAUACAUUCCGCCUGCGUUUUUGUGGUAAAAAUAUCAUUGACCACUUUUUCUGUGAUGUACCACCAUUGGUAAAAAUGUCCUGUACAGACACCAGGGUCUACGAAAAAGUUCUCCUUGGUGUGGUGGGCUUCACAGUCCUCUCCAGCAUUCUUGCUAUCCUGAUUUCCUAUGUCAACAUCCUCUUGGCUAUCCUGAGAAUCCACUCAGCUUCAGGAAGACGCAAGGCAUUCUCCACCUGUGCUUCGCACCUCAUCUCAGUCAUGCUCUUCUAUGGAUCAUUGUUGUUUAUGUAUUCAAGGCCUAGUUCCACCUACUCCCUAGAGAGGGACAAAGUAGCUGCUCUGUUCUACACUGUGAUCAACCCACUGCUCAACCCUCUCAUCUAUAGCCUGAGAAACAAAGAUAUCAAAGAGGCCUUCAGGAAAGCAACACAGACUAUACGACCGCAAACGUGA